AUGUUACAGGCAUGCCUAUUAAUCGCAGUAGUGCAAUACGCAUUCGCCAACCAAAACUACACGAUAGCACAACACACACUCGCCGAACUAUCCACAAUAUAUUUCCCACCGCCGUCAAGUCAGCCUCCACAAACAUAUCACAUUUUCCCAAUAACGAACAGACAUUUACAUUUACAUUAUUCACUGCUGUUCAUCGCCUAUCAUAUGCACACCGGAAAUAUGAAGUUUGCGCUGGAGAAGUUGUCGGAGGUGCAUAAACUUUUGGAUGAACGGCGUGAAGAAGAUUUGGAUGAGUUGAAAGGGUAUAUUACGAUAUAUAUCUCGGCUGCACCAACUUCUUCAUCAUCGAACUCGUUUCAAUCCACGUCGACAUCAACCAAUACACUGCCCGUCAGCAUUCGAUGGCUAUCAAAAGCAGAAAUUUACACGCUUACAUUCCUAAUAUCUGGUAUAUGUAAUCGUGGAGAUACUGCCAAUGUACGAUCUAGCAUCUUCCUCACAGAAGGAUUAAAGAUUGUUGAAAAGGAGAUAGAGUCUAAUGAUAAUCAUCUCGAGUUACAAGAUGUGAUACAAACCAAAAGAAAUUAUGUUCAAUUGAAAGCGUACAUGUUACUACAUCUGGCUGACGUGCAUUUACUAAAAUCCGAAUUUGACGAUGCCGAAAGAGUUCUUUCCACACUGAUUAAUUGGACGACGACUCACUCGAUAUGGCAACAUUUUGAAGCGAGCAUUGUACUUGCACUUGGUCUACUGAAUCAAAGUGUGGGUAAAGAAGAAUUGCAUCGCAGUAAUAAUACCUUACUUACCAAUAUAUCAAAUGCAUUCUUACUAAAAGAUCUCUACCAACAAAGAACUAAUAAAUCUGGCGAAAAUAAAUCGCGCGCUAAUUGCACUUGGAAACACGUUGACAAACAACCAGGAUCCCCACACACAGGAUCAUAUAUUAAUGAAAUAUAUGUUAUUGUUACCCAGGCUGAAACCAUUAUAAACGAAAUUCGUCAAGAAUUAGUGAUCGAGAAUAGUAAUGUAGACAGCUUGAAAUCGGCGUUCCGCUUAUUAGAAGCGUUGGCUAGUAACGAAAUAGUUCGGACAAGGGAACACUUAUUCGAAUCUCUAAAACUCUCAGCCACGCUAUGUAACGACCAACUAAAGACAAUAGCACUCGCGGUGCUCGGCACGUUGUUUUAUCACACGCAAAACGAACAGGCGGAGAAGAUGUUGAAGACCGCUUAUGUGUUGAGCAAGAGUGCUCAUAAUGAUUUGUGGUGUCUUGUUGCUGGGUUUUUAUUGAAAGAAAUAUAUGGAAGCCAAGGCAAUCAACAAAAAUAUUCAAAGCAGUUUAUGGCAAAUCAACCACACGAGCAUGCUGUGUUCACAAUACUGAAUAAUUGGAGUACCAGUGAAAAACUGGCAUUAAGAAAUUUGGAUGGAGGUGGAGUUGGUGGUCAUGGUGGCAGUAACGCGCUAGAAUAG